AUGAACCAUCACGUCGGCAUCAGGCAAGCGCGUCUUGUUAUCCCCAGUAUUAAAACUCGUUUGCUUUACGCCCUUCCUCGAUAUUCAUUGCCUUCAACUAGCCCAUCUGGAAUAAGAUACCAUGCACAAGUGACAGCCCAAAAGUCUGCGUGGACUCACCCAGUGUACACACAAGAACAGAUUCUCUCUGUCCAAAUCGCGCACCGAAAUGCAAAGACCAUUUCCGACAAGCUCGCCCUUGGCACAGUCCGUUUCCUUCGUUGGGGAAUGGACUUUGUCACAGGGUAUCGGCCAAACACAAGCGCAAACCCACACGCCAAUACCAUGACAGAGAAAAAAUGGAUCACACGGUUCAUCUUUUUGGAGAGUGUGGCCGGCGUGCCCGGCAUGGUGGCUGGUAUGCUCCGACAUCUGAAAAGCAUCAGAAGAAUGAAGAGGGACUAUGGCUGGAUCGAAACCCUCCUCGAAGAAGCCUACAACGAACGAAUGCACCUCCUCACCUUCCUCAACCUCGCCGAGCCGAGUCGCUUCAUGCGCCUGAUGGUGUUAGCAUCCCAAAUGGUCUUCUUCAGCGCCUUCUUCACGGCAUACCUUGUCUCCCCACGGAUCUGCCACCGUUUCGUGGGCUACCUCGAAGAAGAAGCCGUCAUAACCUAUACCAAGGCCAUCAAGGAUUUAGAGAACGGGCUUUUGCUCGACUGGGAAAAUCUACAGGCACCCCCUAUAGCCAUCAAGUAUUGGAACAUGCCGGAGGGGAAGCGCUGUAUGCGAUCUCUCCUGCUCCAUGUGCGUGCCGAUGAGGCGAAACAUCGCGAUGUGAACCAUACACUUGGCAGCUUGGAUCAGAACCGUAGCCGGAAUCCAUUUUCGGUGAACUUGAGGGAACAGGUGGAGAGCGCGAGUGAGGCCAUCGGCGACGGCGUCCGGAGUGGCUUGAACGUCGAUAUUGUGCGGAAGGAAAGGGUGCGGGUUUAG